AUACAGAUUAACACUGAGCUCUUCUGCAAGCAAACAGCCUCCAACAAACCGCACAAGUUUAAUUAAACUAACUAUAACGUUCCAGUUUCUGUAUAUACUAACUUUAAGGAGCUAAAGCUAAAGUUAGUUAGCAGCUAACGAGCUUGAAAUGAAAGCCGGCGUGUUACACUGUCGAUGCCAUAAAUGUUCUGCUGUGCCUGCGAGGAAGCGGGUCCGAAAGCAGGUCUCCUCUCUGGGCCUCCUGACUCUACCUGAAGAGGUGCUGCUUUGUGUCCUCCAGUGUCUUUCUGCCGAAGACCUGCUCUCCGUCAGAGCCGUGCACUCUCAUCUUCGUAAUAUCAUCAACAACAACUCAAGUGUUUGGGCACGGGUCAGCUUUAAGGACCGUUGGCCAGCUCCGGACACUGUUUGGCUGUUUGAGAGGGCUGCAGAGAAAGGAAAUUUUGAGGCUGCAGUAAAACUAGGAAUUGCUUAUUUGUACAAUGAAGGACCGUCACUUGGUGAUGAGGGACGGGCUGAUCUCUGUGGCAGGAUGGCUGCCAAAUACUUCACCCUGGCUGAACGUGUGCGCUCACCACAGGCUGAUCCCUUCAUCUGGCUCUUUAUUCGGCCACCAUGGUCUCCCUCUGGGAGCUGCUGCAAGGCUGUGGUAUAUGAACAUCUCAAAGCAGAGUGUGAGAGCAACUUGGAGAGGAGAGGAGCACUACUUCAUUGCCUGGCUAGAGUCCUUGAUUUGUCGGAUGAGGAGGAGAUACGCUCAUCAGCUCUUACCAUGUUUGACAAGUCAGCGUGCUGUGGCAGUGUGCAAAGCUCCUACCUCCUGUGGGAAAAAAAUCGCCAUACGGCUUUGGUUGACCCUGGCCGGUAUCUGGAGUGUGUGCGUGCUCUUCGGGACUUUGCUGCCAAGGGCUGCUGGGAAGCACAGUUGUCUUUAGCAAAGUCAUGUGCCAGCGGCAAUCCUCUGGGUUUGGAGCCUCAGGCUUGUGCUGACCUCGUUGCUCAACUCUUUCUUUCCUGUCCAUCACCUCCACGACGCUCUGACAGCCCACACAAAGAAGGCAUCAAUGACACCAUGAGGUACAUCCUGAUCGACUGGUUGGUGGAGGUAGCCACUAUGAAGGAAUUCUCCAGCCUGGCUCUGCAUGUGACUGUAAGUUGUGUGGACCGCUACCUGGCUCGGCGCUCCGUGCCCAAGGCUAGGUUACAGCUUCUGGGUAUUGCCUGCAUGGUCAUCUGCACACGGUAUAUUAGUAAAGAAAUUCUGACUAUUCGAGAGGCUGUGUGGCUCACUGAUAACACAUAUCAGUAUGAGGACUUGGUCAGGAUGAUGGGGGAGGUCAUCUCUGUGCUGGAGGGGAAGAUCCGGACUCCCACUCUACUGGACUAUGGUGAGGUACUGCAGUCUCUUCUGCCCAUGCAUCGGCGUUCUGCUCAUCUCUUCAGCUACAUCUGUGAAUUGUCUCUGCUCUUCUCCCCCCUCACGUUGCCUGAUCCUGCUCGCUUUGCCAGCGCCACCCUGCUGCUCACCAGAGCACUGCACAACUAUGCUCCUGUAUGGCCGAGACAUCUUGUGGAGAGCACAGGCUUUACUAAACAGGACCUGGUGUCAUGUGGUUUGCUCAUCUAUAUCAAGUGCUUCAGUCAGGACGUGCCAAAAGAUUACAGACAAGUGGCCUUAACUGGUGUUAAGCAGAGGUUUGAAAGUGACUCAUACCAACAUAUAAGCAAAGAUACAGUAAUGGACUUUAAGGAACUGUGCCAGGUGCUGGAGGUUCCAGAGGUGGAGCCUCAAAUUGAGCAUCCUAGUGCUAACAACCAAUCUGCUGACAUCCACACAUUCCUGUCUUCUCCAUCCAGCAACAGCAAGAGGAGGGAGAAUAGCAUGCAUACCAAUCGAGGCACACCCACAGCAGAGCUAUCGAAUCAGGAGGAAACCCUUGUGGAUGGCAUCCUAGACUGGAGCCUUGAUACAUCCUGCUCGGGGUAUGAGGGAGAUCAAGACAGUGAUGGAGAGAAAGAGUGUGAAGUUUCUAUCUUCUCAGUUCAGCUACCACUGGGAGUGCAGCGUCUACACUGCAGUGCUCUCUCAAGUGAUGAGGAAAACAUGGCUGAGCCUGCUGCAUCCUGCUCUUCCUUUUCUUCCAAAAGGCCACUCCGCAUCAAUCUCCACAGCUCUGGAUACUCUUCUGUCCAGAGCAGCAGUCCUUCCACUGCCUCUUCUUCUUCCUCCCUGGUCCCUUGCCAUCUCUCCCCAGUCAGCCUGGGACCAGCGUCUGUACCCGCCUCACCCGGCUUCCGUCUGCUGGUGCCCAUGCAGAGACCCUGUGGCUCCACCCACCGGCAGGUGAAAAGGAAGAACACUGCGGCCCACAGUGGUGGAGAGAUGGAGAUGGAAAGGGAAGAUGGUGAGAUCUGUGCCGAAGAACAGGCUUUCCUUAGUUUGUGAAAGAACAGUUGGCUUCAGCAGCCGUGUUUGAGAGUAAGGGAGCCACUAUAAACUUUGUGCCUCUGACAAGCAAUCAAAUGGCAGCUUUUAAAAUCCUGUCCACUGUGAGCUUCAAAAGAGUGUCCAAAAUAUACAUUGCUAACAAUCAAUAAGAGGUAAUUGGGGACCAGAUUCAUUCUUAGCUUUUGUAUAUUUGGAUAAAUGUGUCCCAUUAAGACAAAGGGAACGCGAGGAAGAACAACCCUGGUGGUGGUCCUGCUUGGAUCCUGUCCGCCUCACCGUGUAUUGUGUUACAUUAUAUGUGGAAGACUUUGAGAAUGCCUCCUCUACUUGCUGAAUCAUUUCCCAACAAUUAAGCCACUGGAAUUCUUGGAAAAAAAAAAAAGUUUGUAUUGUGAUUCUGUUUGUCUUGGUGAGACCUGAGCCAAAUGAACAGACUAUUACAGCAACCUCACAUUUCAUCCACCAGAGAAAAGAUAAAACUCUCAGAAUUUACAUUCAUACCGUUACAUUUAUGUGUGUAUAUUUUUUUACCAGACAGAAAGAAGUUAAAUAUCCUGGUACUGCGAUCCGUCAAAAUACAGCUGUUUCAUUUAAUGCUACGGGGCACUGAUAUGUUUCUUUGGACUGCUGUUAUGUCUGAGUAAAUUAUACUUUACAUGUUUUUGUAUGUAUAUACACUUGUGUGCCUAUUCCAUCAUUGUCUUGUGCCAUGUUCUGAAUGCCAAAGGUGUCACUAUUUUCAAGUGUGGUCAAGUUCUUAUUAUGUUUGUACUGUAACAUUUCAUACAGCAUACAUCCUGCAAACAGUGCUGACUGUGAUAGCAUUAUUUCACCUGUGAUAAAUUAUGGUAUAACACAGGAACUGUGUUGGAACUUGAUUAGUUUCAGGAUUCAAGAUUUUUAAUAUACAACAUAUGACAUGCUGUUUCAUCAUAACCUCAAAUGAAGCAAAGCACUUUUUACAUUACAACACUGGAGAAGCAGUGUUCUUAAUCAGCUGUAUAUGGUAGUGAAAAAUCAGUUACAUGUGUGUUUAGUGCUCUGCAAGUAGAAAUGUUCCUGUAUUUCAGAAACAUCACAACCCAUGAAAUAAUUUUAAUGCAUCUGUUCAGUACUGUAACUUAAGUUUUGAACUGUAACUGAUUUUCAGAUCUUUGUAUAUGUAUGAAGCUGUGAAAAAACCACUACUUGAAACCUAGAGAUGUUUUAGAAGUGUUUAAAACAAUAAAGUAAUGCUGCAGAAUG